AUGCGAGCGUUUGUGUUCGCGUUGCUUUUAUUCGCCUCUUGCGCCGCUUUUGCUCGCGCUUUUGCGAAAGGAGGCACGAUGGAACGAUUUACCGAGGAGGUACUCUUCGUCUCGCCGCUUCCUCGUCCGGAGCGGAAAAGGAGGACAAGGAGGAACUUUACCACGUCCACGAACUUUGCGGACGAGGACGACGAUGAGAAAGACGACGAGAGCGAGAAACAACCCGAUGGCAUUCUCUUCCAGUCCUUGUUUUCGUGGACGAUGAUGAACACGAACACGAACGAUUUAGAAACCUUUCCGAGAGCAAUAGCGAGACUUUCGCAACGUGACAGCGUAAAGCGAACAUCGUCUUCGAGUAAAAAGGACGACGAAAACGAGAAGAAAAGAAAGAGGAGAUUGAUGUUGGAGGAAUUUUCGGUGGGUUUUACUCGAGGCCGAUGGCGAGACGCCGGCGCGUUCGGGAGGAAGCCGAUGAACUUUGAGAUGUCGAGCGCGCUCGGGAUGCACGUGAACGGAGUUUGGAGCAGAGAGGAUGACGACGACGAUGAUGAUGGUUAUGAUGAUGAUGCGUACGAGAAGGAGAAGGGAGAUGGGUGGGUGAGAUUGACGAACACGGUUGGCGCGAAGUUUUGCGCAGGAGCCAACGUGCGGCAGAGAGGUUUGCCCAGAUUUUACGAAGUUGGAAGAGGGAUGACGAAGAAUAAGAAGAAGAAGAAUGGAUUAGAGUUUGGGAGUAGAAAGAUAGCGUCGAAGAAUAGAUCAACGACGACGACUUUGUUUCAAUCGUAUCCGAAAGAAAUCGCGUGCGUAGAAAACGUGGCGAGCUUUUUUGAGAUGUUGCCGUGCGGCGGGAGAAGAGGGGUGGCGAACAUCAUCGCAAGCGAACGAAGCGCGUUGAUCGCGGACGUGGAUUUUCUUAGUUUUGGAGCGUCGUACGAGAGAGGAAGAUUUUCCUUGUCCAUGACGGGAGUGGCGAGCAGAGAGGUGAUAGAAAAAAUGGCGAGGGAGAGAAACGAUGUGAAAGCGUGCGCGGCGGCGAAAGAGAUGUCGAGAGUGUACGCGCUGCUAGGUAAUGGAGACGUGCGCGCGGUGGAUUUGAGAGAAAGUAAGAAGAGUAGCGUUGCAGAGUUGCUCAGUAGUUUGAAGAUAUCUGCGAAAUCGACAUCCUCUUCGUCUAUAAAAGUCGACGCUCCGAGAGUCACCAUCACCCGCGCCAUUCUCGGUUCCGGGAGUAUUCGCGGCGCGAUUUCGCUUUCGGUGUCCAGAUUUGAAAAUGCGAGAGGCGAUACCGUGGUGAGAAUAUUCCACCCCGUUCCCGAUUACGUCCGCGUCUUUCGACACACGUUCGAGGUCGUUUCGAAAAAAAGUUCAAAAGGAGGUGAUGAUAGUUCUAUCAUUAGCAACGAUAGUGCAGUGAGCGACAUUUCCUGGGGUAAAGAGUUACUCGAGAUGAAGAUUAAGUUACCGCGCGGGCUCGAUUCGGUGACUAUUAGAUUUGAUUUCGAGAAGAUAUUUUUACCGCUCGAAUUGUUCGAGGCAGAUGCAGAGCGCGGAAUGACAUUUCCGCCGGCAAUAGCGUUCUCUGCAGCGGCACCGGGCGCAGAAAGCAGCAGUGACAAGAGUGAUAAUGAUACUCUCGGCAGAUACGAGCGCGCGUACGCCAAGCUUGGCUUCGCCCAAUCGCCGCUCUUCGAAAAGUUAAUCGAGAACGAGAAAAACGACUUCGCGCACUUCUUGGACGCGUUAACGGUAAUACUUCCUGUUCCAGACGGCGCGAUGCCAUUUAACGCCACCGCUAUGGCGUGCGUCGCGUUCGUCGCGCACCUCGGCGCGUUGGCAAAAAUUUUACUUAAACGCGAAAACUACGACGACAAGGCGAAGACGUUACAACAUCUCGCGAAAGUUGAACGGAAAAGACUCAAAAGUGAGGAAAAGAAAGCGAAGAGCAACGCCGAAAAGCGAACUUCUUUAUCGUCGUUUACGUCGUCCUCGAGAAAUGUAAAACGAAAGUAG